AUGAGUGAGGAAGAAGCAACAGUAAAAAUACGAAGAACUGCUUCUGUUGACUCGGAAGCAGUUCUUGAAGUAGCUGCAAAAAAUUUACGGAAAUCGAUUCGCGAAUGUGAAAUGCAAAAUCCGCCGUUUAUUGCUGAUCACGCAAAAAGUAAAUUACAAGAGUUUACAUUCGUUGUUUGUGGUGCACCACGCACUGGUAAAAGUACUUUAAUCAAUGCUAUUAUAAACAAAGACGUAGCUCCAACGAAAUCAGGCCCGUCAGCUGUCACUUUGGAAACAAAAUGCUAUACACUGGAAGGACCUUGUUCAAAUGACGAAGAUCAAGAAGGUCGAACAUUUCGAAUCAAUAUUUGGGACACACGAGGUAUCACAGCAUGGGAUAAAUCAAUCGCUGAUGUCAUUGAAGAAAAACAUCCCAUGUGUAUGAUCUUAUGUGCAUCACCCGGUUCGUUUGCUAAUGACGAAUUUGUCCGUCCAUUAAUCAGUCAAUGUGUAAACUCGAAAAUCUUCGUUGCACUCGUUUGCACCAACCAAUGGAAUGAUAGCGGUGAAAAACGGGCCAAAGUCAUGGAAGAAUUUCAUAAUUUACUGAGAGUAUACAAUACAAAAGUCUCGUCAGACAAUGAUAUAACAUUUUACGGUGAAAUUGGAUUAGUAACCAUGGUGAAUAGCAUAGCAUAUUCGAAUAGACGAACUGGAUUAUAUCGACCGAGAAGUGGUGUAAAUCAUCUGAUCUACGGUAUUAUGAAAUCAUUGAAUGAAGAUCAACUAUUAGGAUGGUGUUACACACUGAUGGAGAACGAUGGGUUCUGGUCUCAAAUGCAAAACCAAAUUCAGGACUUUUUUGCACAAAAAUUUACUUACGGCAAAUCAUUUCUUUGGUCAUUAUCAAAAGCGAAAACAUGGUUUCAACAUCAAUGA